AUGCGUUUACAGCCUAUCUCAACGGCAUGGGAAGAAACGGAUCUUGACAUGGUAGCAUUCAACUUGGAGAUUGCACCAACCGUCGUACCUCAGAACAUAGACCCCAGUUUGUUCAACGAUGAGUUCGGCUUUGAUCAGAAUCUUCCAGACCCGGAUGCAGGAGCCAUCUCAGGAACUUCAGGCAGUGCAGACUCUCCGUCUCUGACAGAGAUAGUGCAAGUUCUGAACUCUCAGCCUCCCUCCUUUUGUCUCAAGCCAAUAUCGAAGUGCCCCAAAGCGUGCUAUGCAGAUAUACACGAUAUGAGUGGCACAGUGGAUGUUAUAACGAAGAACCCCGGGCAGACACCACUCCAUGAGAUUCUGUCAUUGUUUCAGAGCGUCUUCCACAAGUCUGCACAAUACCUCGCAUGCCAGAAUUGCGAUACAGGCUGUCUUCGUUACGUCAAUCUCGUCAUUCUUCAUCAAAGACAGGUCAGCCUUCUCAGUGAACUUGCAGAAGAUCCAAAAGAAUAUCUCGGGAGCGACAUGACGCUUGCUGCAUUGGGAGGGUUUCAGACCUCUAAACAGGAUGAUAUUACGAUAAAGCAAUUGACGGUCAGACAGGCGACGAGAGAUGUCAUACUAUCGGUGAAUGCUGACCAUGAAAGCGCCACAGGGUUUCAAGAGAGGUAUGUUGCUGGGACUUUGGACUUGAGUGACACCGGCAAGCUUAAUGUGAAGUGGUUGGUGGAGGUGUCGAAGGAUCUUAGGAGGACGCUCGAAUAUGUAAGAGUUCUGCUAGAAAAGGACGAUUGGGCCACGAAGCUGCUAGGAUCGUAG